AUUGUUCAUCUCAGAACUCCAAAGGAAACAACAGUGGAAAAAAUCAUGGAGUCCUGCAUCAAAAUGAUGGGAAUGACAGAUGAUAAGAGUUUAUUCACACUCAAAGAAAAAAAAGAUUCACCGGAGAAACUUUCUCCAGAUCAGCAAAUUGGGUCUUUUCUGACAUCAGAGAACCGACAGCUGGAGCUGCAUCUGUGUAAAAUGGACAAAUCGACGAGUUCUGCCUCUCAAAAAAGUUCCAGUGAAAAUGGAUCCACUAAUAAAAACAUGCAGGGAAACCACGCUGCAAAAGAAGAACGGAUUAAAGAACUAAACCAGCAAGUGGAAUCGCUCCAAAACGUGAUCCUUCAGGUCCAGGAGCUGCACCACAGCCUGGUAGCGUUUUGUUCAGAGCUGAAGAACAUGGAAGCAGAUGUGAACGUGGACGGGCUCGGUUCUGCUCAGCUGAAGCAGAAGCUGGAGGUGGUUAUCAGCCAACUGAACGACAAGAAGCAGAGCAUGCAGGCCCUCAGAGACAACAACUCUGCUCAGAAUAAAAAGUAGGUGGACCGUUCUCUUCUCCUCACUUCUCCACUCACAUGUGUCAUUGUUGUAACUCUAAAAAUCAACUAAAUCUAUAUAAGACUCGACAUCAAAAUCUGGAGAUCAAAACAAACCUCAGAAUUUAUCCAACAGCUGAGCCUGAGAUUCUGCAAAAUGUCCUUUUAUGGUGUUUCGUCAUCUCUACUGCCCCUAUUUCUGCACUUUCUUACUAGCAGGCUGCUUAAAGCUUGAAGUGCUUCUAAAUGAUCCUUGAUUUGUUUUCAGCUGACUUACUUUUAACCCGCAGUCGUCCCGGAUUGAAGAGUCAGAUUGUUUUUGCGAUUCAUCUUUCUCACUGCGCAUUUGAGAGAAAAUGUCACCCCCACCACCUACACUACACAAAAAACUCAACAAAAUCUGUACGCACAUAUAACCUGGUAAAAAAAUAAUUUUGGGCAUAAUUUAAAAAAAAAAAAAUUGAAAAAAAGCUUAAUCCUAUAACGAAAUCAAAACACACAUGCCAAAAAUAACCAAAUAACCAACAGAAGUUUUUCAAUUAUUAUGGGAUGCGAAAACUUUUGUUCAAGCAAUUGUCACGAAAUUUCACACACCAGCUUGAGUCUGCAACAAUUGUUGGCUCAAGCUGAACAAAAUGAUAUGACAUAUGAUAUAAACAUAUUAAGGAUGUGGGCGUGGUUAUAAAAAAAACUCAGUUGCUAAGGAAGUCCAAAAGUUU